AUGUGGGAACAAGUCAAUAAGAUUAGAGGCUCUGAGAAAUCACUCAACACAUUAACCGUACAGCAUAUUGAUGCCAACACACUCAACACCCACUUAGCUUCCAUGUCAACCGACCCAUCCUACAAAAUUCCACCAACAAAAGCAACAACAAUCAAUAGUCGUCAACAUCAUCAAUUUACCCCAUACUCCGUCCUGCACAUGUUAACGAAGACUUGCCCAUCCGGUACAGUCCAGACAGUCUACCAGCAUGAUAAUGACUAUGAUUCUCGAAAUGAAGUGAAUGAAAGCAUUGAAAAAGAAGAUUUUAACCAUGAAACUUCCAAUAUGGGGGCACGGAUGGAACCGGACCAAGAAGAUAGUGUCGUGGUUUCAGAGGACGAGGGCAGCGACUGCAGCACCAAUGCUACUGACGAUACUAAGGAAGGCCAUGAUAAUCAAAACCGAAAAGUUAAUAAAGUGUUAAAAAUGAGGUUUAAAAGGGGCAUGAAACAGUACCUGAUACACUGGGCUGAUACAGACCCUACUUUGGAUUCAUGGCAUUUUCUCAAUGAGUCUUUUGAAGGUUUUCAUAAAGAAGUAAAGAAGUUUGAAGAUGAACGAAAAAAGUUACAUUUAAAAGGAAUUGGUCAAUCAUCAGAUACCAUUGAGAAACCUGCGGGCAAAGCAUUGUCGUCAUCAAAGCAGGUGAAACGUGCAAAACAUAGUUGGUAUUAUUUAUCGAGUAGUGAGGAUGAGGACUGCAUGCUUAAGGACAACUUCUGGAAGAACCUUGAUGAAGGCCUCUAUUGUUUUUAA